AUGGACGCCAGAGAAGUAUGCGUGAUCAUUACAGGCGCACACAAGGCUCUGGCGUUGGCAAAAUGUAUCGAGGAAGGUGUCAACCACAUGUGGACAGUCUCUGCGAUCCAAUUGCACCCGCGCGGAAUGGUUGUCUGUGACGAGGACGCGACGCUGGAGCUCCAUGUCAAGACGGUCAACUAUUUCAAGUCGAUCGAGAAGGUGCACGAGCAGCUGAUUGGAUCUGACAACGUAGGUUUGCAGGGAGGUGUCCGGUCGUGGCGCGGUGUCGAAGCUACUUAUCAUCAAUAG